AUGAAAGGUCACCAUCCCACCGGUGGGUGGACAGAAGUCCGGCGAAAGAAGAAUGCAAAGUCUCACUGCGAAGGAGCGAUCACGAAUUUCUACGUGACAGGAUAUCCUGAUGGUAUAAGGAAGGAGGAAAUACGUAAACUGUUUAGUGAGUACGGAAAGAUAGUGGACGUAUACUUGGGGGGCAAAAAGGAUUACAACAGGAACAACUUCGCGUUUGUUAGAUUCGUGGAUGUGGUCAACGUCAGAGCUAUGGAGGAAAGGUUGCAGGGUAUCAAAUGUCAGAACAAGGUGCUAUCCGUCAACAUUGCAAAGCACCAACGUAAGCCAUUCCCACUGAACACUUAUGUCGUCCACAAACAGCCUAUUACCAUGAGGAAAGUCAACUCCGAUUUUGCUAGUGCCCAGCCACAACCUCCUAGCAACAUAGACUCCAGAUCCUACAAACAAGCACUGACAGGGACGGUGGAAAGGCCACAUAUAACCAAACCACCUCCAAUUGUGCUCGCUUCUCAAACUAUUAUGAAGGAAUAG